UCCAGAUUGCGACAGGAAUAACUCAACCCUAUAAAUAUGAUCUCUUUGUAGCCUUCACUGGCUGUAAAAUAAACGAUCUGCCCACUUCCGUGAUCUCUGACGUCACCCCGGAUCUCUCUGUCGUCAUCUCCCUCGCCAUAUUGAAUCAGGAAAUCGGGAGCCGGGUGCAUGUAAACAUCCACGUCAACGAGCAGCUGUUAUUUCAAAAACGAGGAUAAAUUUAUACUUGUGUCCCUCCUCCCCAAACUGAUGUGUUAUUAGACAGAACUGCUGAUCGGAUUACCGGACUGUGAGUGGGAAUAAUGACUUCGCUGACGCAGAGGAGCACCUCGGGCCUGGUGCAGCGGCGGACCGAGGCCUCGCGUAACGCCGCCACUGACCGAGAGAAGAUCUCCGACGGGGACGAGCACGAAGAGCGCCGCGGGGAGGAGGACGAGGACGAACGGGGAGACUCGAAGGAGACGCGGCUGACACUCAUGGAGGAAGUGCUGCUCUUAGGACUGAAAGACAGAGAGGGUUAUACGUCAUUCUGGAAUGACUGCAUAUCUUCAGGUCUCAGAGGCUGCAUGCUAAUUGAGCUCAGCCUUCGAGGACGACUACAACUCGAACCUUGCGGCAUGAGGAGGAAAAGCCUGCUGGCCAGAAAGGUGCUGUGUAAAUCGGACGCACCAACAGGAGACGUGCUGCUAGAUGAGGCACUGAGACAUGUGAAGGAAACGCAGCCUCCUGAAACGGUGCAGAACUGGAUAGAGCUGCUCAGUGGAGAGACCUGGAAUCCCCUAAAGCUCCACUACCAGCUUCGCAAUGUUCGGGAGCGUCUGGCGAAGAACCUGGUGGAGAAGGGUGUGCUGAGCACAGAGAAGCAGAACUUCCUGCUGUUUGACAUGACCACGCACCCACUGAGCAACGACACGGUGAAGCAGCGCCUUGUCAAGAAGCUCCAGGAAGCCAUGCUCGACAAGUGGGUGAGAGAGCCGCAGCGUAUGGACAAGCGCCUGCUCGCGCUCAUCCUCCUUGCACACUCCUCCGACGUGCUGGAGAACGCUUUCGCACCACUGCAGGACGAGCAGUAUGAGCUUGCGACAAAGCGUGUACGCUCACUGCUCGAGCUCGAACCGGAGGUCGAGGCGACCAGAUCCGGUGCCAAUGAGCUGCUCUGGGCUGUCGUGGCCGCUUUCACCAAAUGAACCUGACUGGAAUGGAAGAGAUGGAAAGAAUGGGAGCGAGUGGACUUUUUAUAUUUGAUGAACCUGUUAGAGAGAGAGAGAGAGAGAGAGAUUGUGGCUGCUUGCAC